UUUCUUAAAUUGUUACAGUUUAUUAAUUCCUUCAAGUGUUACAACCUUAUUUUCUGAUUUCAUUGGAUCAAUUAUUCAUUUAGAAUCAUUUGAUUAUGAUGGAAUCAAUUGAAAUGAAAGACUUUAAUAGUCUUAAUAUUUCAUUGAUUAUGACCUUCCUUCAGUGUAAUAUUACUUAACUAUCGUUGAUUACUAAUCAAAUUAUCUCAUUACUUGUUUUCUUCUUGUUUUUUGUAAAUGUUUUUCUUUAAGUUUACGUAACUUCACAUUCUCUGUCAAUUUGAUCAUUUUAUCAAAUUUCUCUCAACCACAAUUAACUUGUAACAAUGACUUCUACUCCUAAUUCACGUUACCUUUUACUAUUUCUUGGUAUUCUUAUCGCCUUGAUCUAUUAUUUGGAAAAUUUAGAAGAUCGAAUUUCAAGUCUUGAGAGAAAAGCUCUUCUCUCUUCUUAUGUAAAUCGUCAAACCUUGGAUGAACCUUCACCAAUUUUAUCUCCAUCAUCAUCAGCUUCUUCCUCGCCAUCUCUAUCUUCACUGUCCACUCUUUCUGUGUCCAUUAUACAAGAAAACAAUCAACAUACUCAAGCAAUUGAUUCAAGUGAAGAUCGAAUCAUCAUCUACAAUCGAGUUCCCAAAACAGGGAGCACAAGCUUAAUGGGUAUAGCUUACGAUCUUUGUGGUUCAAAUAAAUUUAAUGUUAUUCAUUUGAAUACAACUAAAAAUAGUCACGUACUCUCAUUACCUGAUCAAGCGAAUUUUGUCCAAAAUUUAACCUCUUGGAAAGAAAGGAGACCAAUGAUUGUCCAUGGUCAUCUAUCGUUUCUCAAUUUUGGUCAAUUUGGUGUAAAAGAUAAACCAAUUUACAUUAAUAUGGUUCGUGAACCUUUGGAAAGACUCAUAUCUUAUUAUUAUUUCCUGCGAAAUGGUGAUGAUUUCCGACCUUAUCUGGUUCGUAAAAGACAAGGAAACAAGGUAACCUUUGACCAGUGUGUCGAAAGACAAGAGAAAGACUGUGAUCCCAACAAUAUGUGGCUUCAGAUUCCUUUUUUCUGUGGCCAUUCAAACGAUUGCUGGUCACCAGGUAAUAAAUGGGCUCUCGAAGAGGCGAAACGGAAUCUCAUUCAACAUUUCAUGGUGGUCGGUGUAACUGAGCAAAUGCAUAUGUUUCUGGCGGUUCUCGAAUACACUUUACCUAAAUUUUUCAAAGGUGCCUUACAUCUUUACGAGAAUGGUAACAAAUCUCACCUUCGCCGGACCAUAAAUAAAAUUGAACCUUCACCUGAGACCAUUGAAAUAAUCCGUCAAUCAAAAGUUUGGCAAAUGGAAAACGAUUUCUACACCUUUGCCUUGCAGCAAUUUAAUUUCAUCAAACAACGGACUCUCCUGGCUAAAGGUGAAUCAACUUUCACCUUCACUGGAAGACAGUUUUUCUUUGAAAAAAUUCGACCUCGUCAUUAAUUCAUCUUCUAUUUCCUAUCUUGAUGUACAUAAAAGUUUCCCCGAUGUAAUACAACUCAACUUUCCGGUUAUAAUCUCACUUCUUAUCAUCACCAUCAUCACUUAUAAAUAUCUUCAUCUUCA